CCGCCCUGUCCCAGCCUCCUUUGCGGGUAAACAGACAUGGCCGGCGAAGGAGAUCAGCAGGACGCUGCGCACAACAUGGGCAAUCACCUGCCUCUCUUGCCUGAGAGUGAGGAAGAAGAUGAAAUGGAAGUUGAAGACCAGGAUAGUAAAGAAGCCAAAAAACCAAACAUCAUAAAUUUUGACACCAGUCUGCCAACAUCACAUACAUACCUAGGCGCUGAUAUGGAAGAAUUUCAUGGCAGGACUUUGCACGAUGAUGACAGCUGUCAGGUGAUUCCAGUUCUGCCACAGGUGAUGAUGAUCCUGAUUCCCGGACAGACAUUGCCUCUUCAGCUUUUUCACCCUCAAGAAGUCAGUAUGGUGCGGAAUUUAAUUCAGAAAGAUAGAACUUUUGCUGUUCUUGCAUACAGCAAUAUACAGGAAAGGGAAGCACAGUUUGGAACAACAGCAGAGAUAUAUGCCUAUCGAGAAGAACAGGAUUUUGGAAUUGAGAUAGUGAAAGUGAAAGCAAUUGGAAGACAAAGGUUCAAAGUCCUUGAGCUAAGAACACAGUCAGAUGGAAUCCAGCAAGCUAAAGUGCAAAUUCUUCCCGAAUGUGUGUUGCCUUCAACCAUGUCUGCAGUUCAGUUAGAAUCCCUCAAUAAGUGCCAGAUAUUUCCUUCAAAACCUGUCUCAAGGGAAGACCAGUGUUCAUAUAAAUGGUGGCAGAAAUACCAGAAGAGAAAGUUUCAUUGUGCAAAUCUAACUUCAUGGCCUCGCUGGCUAUAUUCCUUAUAUGAUGCUGAAACCUUAAUGGACAGAAUCAAGAAACAGCUACGUGAAUGGGAUGAAAAUCUAAAAGAUGAUUCUCUUCCUUCAAAUCCAAUAGAUUUUUCUUACAGAGUAGCUGCUUGUCUUCCUAUUGAUGAUGUAUUGAGAAUUCAGCUCCUUAAAAUUGGCAGUGCUAUCCAACGACUUCGCUGUGAAUUAGACAUUAUGAAUAAAUGUACUUCCCUUUGCUGUAAACAAUGUCAAGAAACAGAAAUAACAACCAAAAAUGAAAUAUUCAGUUUAUCCUUAUGUGGGCCGAUGGCAGCUUAUGUGAAUCCUCAUGGAUAUGUGCAUGAGACACUUACUGUGUAUAAAGCUUGCAACUUGAAUCUGAUAGGCCGGCCUUCUACGGAACACAGCUGGUUUCCUGGGUAUGCCUGGACUGUUGCCCAGUGUAAGAUCUGUGCAAGCCAUAUUGGAUGGAAGUUUACGGCCACCAAAAAAGACAUGUCACCUCAAAAAUUUUGGGGCUUAACGCGAUCUGCUCUGUUGCCCACGAUCCCAGACACCGAAGAUGAAAUAAGUCCAGACAAAGUAAUACUUUGCUUGUAAACAGAUGUGGUAGAGAUAAAGUUAUCUAACAAAUUGGUUAUAUUCUAAAAUCAGAUCUGCUUUGGAAAUUAUUGCGUCUGAUACAUAUCUAAGUAAACACAACAUUACUUGGAGGGUUGCAGUUUCUAAGUAUACUUUUGGAGAGCAUGAACAGCAGUCUAGAAUACUAGAAACAUCUACUUGGGUAGCUUGGUACCAUUAUCCUGUGGAAUCUGAUAUGUCUGGCAGCAUAUCAUUGAUGGGACAUGAAGACAUGUUUGGAAAUGAGAUUAUUUCCUGCGUAAAAAAAAAUUCCUACAAUGUGAAACGAAUUAUUUGAUCCUGAUGUAUGGGACAGCAUAUCUGUACCAGUGCUCUAAGUGACAAAAGCUAGGGUGACAAGUACAUGUUCCUUUUUGAAAGAAGCAAGGCAAUGUAUAAUUCUAAAAGGGCUUUGUUCCUUUCCAUUUUCUUUAGCUUCUCUGAGAUACUGAUUUGUAAAUUUUGAAAAUUAGUUAAAAUAUGCAGUUUUUUGAGCCCACGAAUAGUUGUCAUUUCCUUUAUGUGCCUGUUAGUAAAAAAUAGUAUUGUGUAUUUGCUCAGUAUUUGAACUGUAAGCCCAUUUAUACUGUUCCAUACAAAAGCUAUUUUUCAAAAAUUAAUUUGAACCAAAACUACUAUUACAGGGAAAAUUUGCCAAAACAUGUCCCCUCACACAGGCUACACGUGAUACUGUAUUUUGUUCAAUGUAAAGAUUGAAGAAAAUCUGUAAGUAAACCUUAAAUGUGAAACUAAACAUGUUCUUUGUUCAAAUAAUAUAUCACUCAUAAUUUUAAAGUUCUAAAAAGACUGCUCUGCCACCUACCUCUUUGCUUAUAUUCAAUGGUUUAGUGGGUCCUUUCACAUUUGUGUAAUAACUUUGGUUUUAUUGAUACUCUUUUGCUACUUUAAAACUAAUCAGGUUAAAUGUUUACUCAAACUAGAGUAAUAUUAUGAGGCCAAAAGACAUGCCUUGAGUGGAGUGAAAUCAGUUGAGUAUCACAUUGCAUAUUUAUGUAAAUAGAGUAAAUGAAAAUUCAAGAAUGCUUCUAUUCAGGAUAUGCCCCUGCCUUAUUUUUUCUAAGCUCUACUUUACUACUUUUUCUUUUGAGACAGAGUCUUGCUCUGUUGCCCAGGCUGGAGUGCAGUGGCACGAUCUCAGCUCACUGCAACCUCUGCCUCCUGGGUUCAAGUGAUUCUCCUGCCUCAGCCUCCCGAGUAGCUGGGACUACAGGUGCCCACCACCACGCCUGGCUAAUUUUUUGUUUUUAGUAGAGACGGGGUUUCACCGUGAGAGCCAGGAUGGUCUCGAUCUCCUGACCUCGUGAUCCGCCCGCCUUGGCCUCCCAAAGUGCUGGCAUUACAGGCAUUGAGCCACCGCGCCUGGCCUACUACUUUUAAUAAUUGUGGGUUUAUAUGACUUCAUUGGUUGUUCAUAAUAGUUCUUACACUGCACUAAAACUGACUCUAAGUGGAUCCCAGGAAGUUCUUUUCAGCAGCAUUUGCAAUGAGUUACCUUUCCCCCUGAAAAGUUAGUUAUAAUUUCAGUAUGUCCCAUACUGCUUACUAGCAAAUAAAAUUUUCUGAUCUGUAAAAACACACAUAUAAUACUACUGAAAAUGGCUUUACACAUGACAAAACCAAACCUCUGAUAGCUAACUCUGCAUACUUUCUAUACAGAAAUGGUAUGUAUUAUAUGAUUUUGGGUCUAAAUCUGUAUUUUGGCACUACUUAAAUAUUUCAAAGUAUUAUUUUAUAAUGCAUUUAA